AUGACCACUCUCUUCCUCACAAUCCUUCUCGCCACUUUCCUCUUCAUCGUCCUUUUCCUUUUCUCUUUCCGCCGCAACAACCGUCUCCCACCAGGUCCAAACCCAUGGCCCAUCGUCGGAAACCUCCCUCACAUGGGUCUCAAGCCUCAUCAAACCCUAGCCGCCAUGGUAACAACCUACGGCCCAAUCCUCCACCUCCGUCUGGGGUUUGUCGAUGUCGUGGUCGCCGCCUCUAAAUCUGUGGCCGAGCAGUUCUUGAAAACCCACGAUGCCAAUUUCUCUAGCCGACCACCGAGCACGGGAGCCAAACACAUGACAUACAACUAUCAAGAUCUUGUCUUUGCGCCUUACGGACCACGAUGGAGAAUGUUGAGGAAGAUUAGUUCUGUUCAUCUAUUUUCAGCUAAAGCUCUUGAAGAUUUCAAACACGUUCGACAGGAAGAGGUUGGUACGCUCACCCGGGAGCUAGCACGUGUAACCAAACCGGUGAACUUAGGCCAGUUGGUGAACAUGUGUGUAGUCAACGCCCUUGGGAGAGAGAUGAUCGGACGUCGACUGUUCAGCGCCGGAGCCGAUCACAAAGCGGAAGAGUUUCGAGGGAUGGUGACGGAAAUGAUGUCUCUCGCCGGAGUGUUCAACAUCGGAGAUUUCAUCCCGUCGAUUGACUGGCUAGAUCUACAAGGCGUCGGUGGCAAAAUGAAACGGCUACACAAGAGAUUCGACGUUUUUCUAUCGUCGAUUUUGGAAGAGCACGAGACGACCAACGGUCAAGAACAAAAGCAUACAGAUAUGCUUAGCACUUUAAUCUCGCUUAAGGGAACUUCUUUUGACGGUGGAAGCCUAACGGAUACUGAGAUUAAAGCCUUGCUAUUGAACAUGUUUACAGCUGGAACUGACACGUCAGCAAGCACGGUGGACUGGGCCAUAGCUGAACUGAUCCGUCACCCGGAGGUAAUGGUUCGAGCACAAGAAGAGCUUGAUUCCGUAGUGGGCCGAAAUAGGCCCGUUAACGAGUCUGACCUUGCUCAGCUUCCUUACCUUCAGGCGGUUAUCAAAGAGAAUUUCAGGCUUCAUCCACCAACACCACUCUCGUUACCACACAUCGCGUCAGAGAGCUGCGAGAUCAACGGCUAUCAUAUCCCGAAAGGAGCGACUCUUUUGACCAACAUAUGGGCCAUAGCCCGUGACCCGGACGAAUGGUCCGACCCAUUAUCAUUCCAACCCGAGAGAUUUUUACCCGGUGGAGAAAAAGCCGGCGUCGAUGUGAAAGGAGGCGAUUUCGAGCUAAUACCGUUCGGAGCCGGAAGGAGAAUCUGCGUCGGGUUGAAUUUAGGACUACGGAUGAUUCAGUUCCUGACGGCGACGCUGGUUCAUGGAUUUGAAUGGAAAUUAGCCGGAGAGGUUACGCCGGAGAAGCUGAAUAUGGAGGAGACUUAUGGGAUUACUCUGCAAAGAGCGGUUCCUUUGGUCGUGCAUCCUAAGCCAAGGUUGGCUCCGAGCGUUUAUGGACUCUAA